AUGUCUUAUUACGCUUAUCACACUCGCAAGGAGGACACAUGGACCACGCUAGGAGAGUCAUCAGUCAGUCAACCUAUAAAAUCGGCUUUAAAUUUCUCCUCUCUGAUCGAAGAACACUGCAGUGCCGUCAUCCCUCGAGAAGUUCAUCGUUUAUCAAAAUACCAAGGGCCUUCGUUCGAUUUCAACGGCUGGAGGAUCAUCCUGUCAGUAGCGAUCCUACCCAUCUACCUGGCUUGCACCAUACCUGCCACUUUAACCUCCUUUGCUACCGUUGUGGUGGGAUCGGCACUUAUACCAUUACUGGUGCUGAUAGGAGACAUGGCGUUCCUGGCAGUUGUCGUUUGUGCAAGUUUGGUUGCCAUACUCAUGACAAUAUUCAGAUCUUUCGACGAAGGACUUCGGUUUUGCAGACGGGUUGCCAUGAGCGUACCAGAAAGCUACCUCGAUAUGAUUUUUGGAAUCAAGAAAUCUUCCCAUUUGCGAUGA